GUUUUACGUUAGUGAUUUACAGUUAUAGUGAACCAACAAGCAGUUUUAUAUCAGUGACGUGAGAGGAAGACACUUCUGUUAGCGGUGUUCUUAUUCCUAAGGUGAAUGGUCAAUCUGCCAAACAUGAUGAAGGGUUCGUAAAAAUCAUUGCAUAAAAUUUCCGCCAUUUUGAAGAGUUGAUCAUACAAAUAGUGCAAAAGAUUAUUUUCCUUGGAAAAAAUAGUUUUCUUCAGCUUGGUGGCAUAUGCUGUCUCGAGAGAGGUGCCCGUGACUUACGCGUUAAAGAACUGCCUCGUCGGUCUCUGUACCGUGCGCAUCUUUAGGAACGCGGUGGCAUUUGUUGCACACAGAUGGAAGCAAUGUUCCUAAGUAGCUAUCCUUUUAAUUCAAGAGAUGCUGAGAUUUGUAUGAUGUGUAACUUGGUCUCCUCAGUCAGCUGUAUUUGCUGUGCGACGGACUCAUAACUGCCUACUAGCCUAGAAGUGCAGACUACUUCAAAGGGGCGAGAUAACAGACAUGGGAAGUGAGCAUUACUGCCUCAGGUGGAAUAAUCAUCAGAGCAACUUACUCGGUGUAUUCAGUCAGCUUCUUCAAGACGAGAGCCUUGUAGACGUUACCCUUGCCUGUGCUGAAGGACAUUCAAUACGUGCUCACAAAGUGGUCCUCUCAGCUUGUUCAUCUUAUUUUCAGACACUUUUUGUUGACCAUCCAAGCCGGCACCCAAUUGUUAUCCUUAAGGACGUACGGUUUGCAGAAUUAAGAACUCUAGUGGAAUUCAUGUACAAGGGUGAAGUGAACGUCGAGUACUGUCAGCUGUCAGCUCUACUGAAAACAGCGGAAAGUCUCAAAGUGAAAGGUCUCGCAGAGAUGACAAACUUAAAUUCGGGAAGAGAUGAACAUAGUGAAGUGCCUAACGCAAAGCAUUCGAGCAACGCCAGUGGAGCUGACGUUCCUCCCUCUUCGGAUUCUGCUGCCAAGAGGCUCAGUGAUGGAGGUGCAAGAACGCCGCUUCCAGCCGAAAGUGUUUCCCCGCCUGUUCGUGUUGAGAGACAGCAGUUUGGUGAUAAAGAUAAUUCCGGUUGUGAUGAAAACGAAAGUUGUGACGAAGGAGCGAGGCGAGCAGAUACACCUGAAGUUGAUGACCUAUCCAUUCGUGGCAGUUGUGCUGGGCCGAGUGAUAUGACAGUGGGUAGCAGUGUAGUGUCAUCUCAUCCACCUACAGCAGCCGCAGUUACUGCGACGUCUUCGACAGCUGUUUGCAGGCUACCAUCUCCCCACAGUAGUGAACCAAUCCCUGGGCCUUCAUGUAUGCUACCAGUUCAACAAGUACCCUUGUCUUUAAAGAAGGAAGUAGAUUGGGAUCGAAGUGUUGCUGAUGAUAAGAGUACCACAGGAGAAAGUUCCUCUGACUAUAGACAUCCGCAAGAUUUGGAGUCUAUGGGGGCGUCUGACCCCCCUGAGAGUCACUCCCCAAGAUUGUUCUCAUGUAUGUACUGUGGGGCAUCAUUUCCAUACCAGAGUAAGCUCACACGUCAUAUAUUGUCACAUAGUUUGGAAACACUCAAAUAUCGUGAACAGAUACAUUUGCAUCAGCAGCAUUCACUUGUAACCAUGGCAGCAGCAGGUAUGGUGGAACCUCUAAACCUUAUGGAAAGCCACUUCGGAGGCCGUCCUCCACCUCACGAGAAAUUGGAACCAACUUAUUCCCAAGAGAAUUCAGCCAUGGAGCUGGAUUUUUCUGCAACUGGUUUAGGUGAAGUUGGAACUUCUUCAAAUGUUGUUCUUUGUAAAUUUUGUGGCAAGUCAUUCCCAGACGUCAGUUCUCUUAUAACUCACUUGCCUGUGCAUACUGGUGAUCGUCCAUUUAAGUGUGAGUUUUGUGGCAAAGCUUUCAAGCUACGUCACCACAUGAAGGAUCACUGCCGUGUCCAUACUGGUGAACGUCCAUUCCGUUGUUCUCUAUGUGGCAAGACGUUUUCAAGAUCUACUAUUCUGAAAGCUCAUGAAAAGACUCACUAUCCAAAAUAUGUGAGGAAGUUCCUUUCGCCCAGCCCAGUUGAUACAGAAGAGGAAUCUCCGCAGCAAUAAUGAAUAGGCUAUUUAAUAAUUCCAAAGUGCCCCUUGUGCUGUUCCGUGUAGUUUAACCUUGAUACAGGGAAAUGUGUUAUUUACACAACAUAGCAUUAGAUAAUUGGUUAUUUUGAUAGAAUUUUAAAAGGCAUAUAAUAAAGAUGAUAUAUAUAUCUAUAUAUAUACACACACAUGUGUAAAUACAUAUGGUUAAAUAUCCACGGAAUUGUACAGGCUCCUCCUGAGGCAAGCUCUUGAAGGAUAAAAGCCAUAAAUAGUGUUUGAUGAAAACACUCUAAAACUUGUUCAUCAAGAGUGCUUUAAAACAAAAUAGCUGUUGUAAGUAAACAUGUUUUUGCUGCCCAGUUGGUGCUUGUGGUUAACAGAUCAUUUUUCUAGAAAAGCAGUCUGUUUCCUCAGCUGAACUAUGAGUUAUAAAAAUGAAAUUAAGGCAUUUUGUUGUAAUUACUGAUUAAUAUUGUUAGUUACAUUGCAUAGCAAAAUGAAAAUUUAUUGUAACUAAGAAAAUUGUUUAUUUUAUUGCUUACAUGUUACAUAAGAACACUUGCCAGAAAAUUGUAAUAGAUGAAUGUUUUAGAAAUUACAUGUGUAACUUGGUCAAAACAUGCAGAUUAUUAAAAAUGAUGUAGGCAGGUGUAAUGAUAGGAAUUUCAGUAUUGUGGCCCAGAUAGUUGUCAUGCAAAAUUUCACUAUAGGUUGCUUGAUCACCACCACCUUAUGUGACAGUAACUGCAUAUUUAGUAUUCACAAUGUGAAUUAAGAAAAUAAAGUGCUUUAUGUGAUGAUAUAUGUAUAUACAAAUGUUAUAUAUAUAUAUGAAAAAAUAAUUUCCAAAGCAUUGUGCUUUAUAAUUGUUAAGACCUCAUUUGUUAUAAACUGUAAAAAAUUGAUGGUCUUGAGCAACCAAACAUUAAAUGUUGCAUAGUGAUCACUUUUAGAAAGUAGGCAGCUGUAUUUACUCAUUUUCAGAGGAGGGUAUUUUUUUUAACUAAAUAAC